UUACAGAUCCACUUAGAACCAAAAGGGCCCUGGAAAAUAGAAUGGCUCAAUAAAAAUAGUUGGAGCUGCACACAAUUGCAGAGUUGAAAGAGGUCCCAGAGUGAGUACACUUUGCCCAAACCUUGUCAGUCAGGUAAACCCUCCUAUGGCUUCUACACACACCUUGAAGGCUCUCCAGAAAUGAUCAAGAUAUAGCACCAUUGUCUUGCACCAUUUCCCUGCCUGUAGGAAUAUUCCCUCAGAUGAAGAUUUACCAAAAUUCAAUUGGCCCCUAAACCCUAUAGAGUAUAACAUGGAAAAAGCCAAACCUUCACACAUUGCCAGAUACUAUUGUCAUAUCACUCAUCAACUUGCGAAUCAUUCUCAAGGUAGUGAAUUAUGUAAGUUAGAAAUGCUUUAGGCUAUAAUGAACAAAAUGCUUUAUGAGUGCCUUAGACAAUAGCGGCACUUGUUAUUUCACUUAACAAGGAGCCUGGAGGUAGGCAGUUUCAGGGAUGGGGCAGUAGCUCACAGUGUCAAUUAGGAACUAAAUUUUUCCCAUUUUUCCUCUUUGCUGUCCUCAGUGUGACAGUGAUAUUUCUCCUCAUGGUCAUGGGAUGGUUGCCAUGGCACCAACCAUUAUGCAUGCCUCCAUAAUAAUUUCUAAGAGCAGGAAGGGAGGGGAACAUGGACCAGCUCUCACUUUUUGUCAUUAGGUCAUUUGUCCCAAUAGAAUUCUCCUUAUGUCUCAUUGGUCAAAUAUGGGGGUCACAUGCCCAUCCUUAGACCAAUCAUUGACAAAGGGCAGUGGGGUUACCAUGACUAGUGGGAACCAAUCAUGUCAUGCUCCGGAGCUGGGCACACUGAGAGAGACACAAUCAGAAUUGUGUUAGGAAGAAAGAGGUCGGGGUUACAGUCAUGCUAGCUGCCGGAACACAUACAUCUGCCCGCUUCACUGGCUUAAUCCAAGUUAAUGUCUCAUUUAUGUCACAGCCCAAUGAGGAUGUUCAUGGUUGGCAGGGCAUUGCAGAGAGAGAGAGGCACGCGCGUGGCUGUGACCCUCCUGGGGACAGUGUCUGAGCAGAAGGGAAGCGCGAUUCCUUCAAGAUGCCGAUGCACCAGUCGAGGAAGCACCGGAGAAAAUCCUCUGCUCCCCAGGAACUUCCGGAGAGGGUCAGGGAGCAGCAGGCCGAGGCAGAGCUCCGCAAGCUGAGGCAGCAGUUCCGGAAGAUGGUGGAGAGCCGCAAGUCCUUCAACUUCCGCAGCCAGCAGAUGAUCAUGAGCCAGUACAAGGAAAUCAAGACGCUGAAGGCAGAGCAGGAUGAGAUCAGCCUGCUUUUGAGUCUCACGAAGUCCUCAAAGAACACAGAUCUGAACCAGAAAAACUACAUGGAGCUGCGCUUCCUGCUGCAAACCAAGGAGGACUACGAGGCCUUGAUUAAGUCCAUGAAAAUGCUGUUGGCAGAGCUGGAUGAGAAGAUCAUUCAGAUGGAAAAAAAAAUCGCAAACCAAAAACAGAUCUUCUUAAAAAUGCAGGAGGCCAACAACCCCCAGAAACUUCAGAAGCAGAUCCAUGUUUUGGAAACCCGUUUGAAUCUCGUCACUGUCCAAUUUGACAAGAUGCUGACCACCAACGCCAAGCUCCGGAAGGAGAUUGAGGACCUACGCUUUGAGAAGGCUGCUUACGACAACGUCUACCAGCAGCUGCACCGGCGCAUGUCCAUGCAGAAGAAAACGAUGCAAGCGGCUAUCGAGCAAUCUACCCAGGCCUACGAGCAGAGACUGGAGGCCAUGGCUCGAAUGGCUGCCAUGAAGGACCGCCAGCAGAAGGACAUCUCACAGUACAACCUGGAGAUCCGAGAGCUGGAACGUCUCUACGCCCAUGAGACCAAGCUCAAAUCCUUCCUGCUCUGCAAGCUGAAUGACCGCACUGAAUUCGAGGAGCAGUCCAAAAAGGAAGAAGCUCUCAAGGCAAAGAAGCGCGGCAAGAAGAGCAAGGGAGAGAGUUUUGAGAGCUACGAGGUGGCCCACCUCCGGCUGAUGAAGCUGGUUGAGAGCGGGAACCUGAACCAGCUCAUUGAGGAAUUUCUGGCCAAGGAGGAGAAGAACUUUGCUCGGUUCACAUACGUCACGGAGCUCAACAAUGACAUGGAGAUGAUGCAUAAGAAGACCCAGAGUAUCCAGAACGAGAUCAUUGGCCUGCGAUCGCGACAGCAGUCGUCCCACGAUGGCGGCCGCUCUGCCCUGAGACAGCUGGAGGAGAAACUAAAGAAGACCACGGAAGAGGCAGACCAGCACGAGACCAAAUGCCAGGAGAUCAACAAGACCCUGGAGCAACUCAAGAACUUAGUGGAGCAUCUGUUUAAGAAGAUAAACUGUGACGCCACCAAGAUCCUGGUGCAGUUAGGGGAGACGGGGAAAAUCACUGACAUCAACCUUCCUCAGUAUUUUGCCAUCAUUGAAAAGAAGACCAACGACCUGCUGGUGUUAGAGUCCUACAGGCGGAUCCUAGACACGGACAGGCCUGAGACCAAUAUCAUGACGCCCUUCGUCAACCCCUUCUGGGGCGGCUCUGCCCUCCUCAAGCCCCCAGAAUCCAUCAAGGUCAUCCCGCCCAUUCUUGGGGCCGACCCUUUCAGUGACAGGUUGGAUGAUGUUGAUUAUCCGCUGGACCACAGCAGCCUCCGGCAGCUCGUGCUGGAAAAUCUGCUCCUGAGAGAGGCCCGGAAUAAGGACAUGCGCUUGGAAAGUGUGCCGGAGAAGGCGGACGACAGCAGGACCAGGAAGAGGCUGACGAUGUGAGGUGACAGGCCGCAUUUGUACCAUAACCGGAAAGAAUAAAUGUUUUGUUCGCAAGCA